UCCCUUCUCCCAGACCCUGUAGCAAGGCUCUUUCCUCGUUUCUCUUUUUCUCCCUGCUGCCCUGGCAAGUGGCAGGGGCUGCUGGAGGAGAAGAGCUUUUUGGAUGGCCACCAAGACCCUGGGGGCAGCGCGUGAGGCAGAGCGGAUCUCCCAGAGGAUCUGACUAAUGAAAGGGCAGGUGUUGGCUCAACAUGAGAGUGAUGCCGCUCCCUGGCAGACACCAGCCAGGCACAACAGCUCCUGCUGGCUUCAGCCUGGCAGGAAACACAACAGGAGAAGCAGCAGAGCUCUGCUAAUGGGGAUCUUGGAUCUGGAGUUUACAGAGCAAAUAAUUACUUUCUGGUGAUGACUUCACAAGGUCAGGGAGAUGCAUAUAUAUAGUGGGGAGGGAGAAGGCUGAGAACCACCCACGGAUUCUCCAGCAACCGACCCACACGGAACAGCCGCUACCAACGCCGCCAGCAUGAAGAUGGCCAACUGUGCUGCCCUUCUGGGGCUGGUCCUUCUUGGCUGCCUUUCUGAUCUCGCUGUUGCUCAAAGACGGGCCAACUGCGGCGCCUACAUGAUGAGUGGGAAAACCAUGGGCGUCAUCUGUCCGCGCAACUUCGAGCCCGUGUGCGGCACCAAUGGCCGCACCUACCCCAACGAGUGCUCCCUGUGCAGGGAAUUCUUCCACAACCGUGCUCUUGACAAGAGACACGAUGGAAGAUGCAUUAGGAUGGACUGUACUGGUUUCCUGAAGCCUGGCAGUGGUUUCAACACCCCCUGCACCAUGGAGUACUCCCCCAUCUGCGGCACCAAUGGCAUCACCUACAAGAACAAGUGCCACUUCUGUACUGCUGUGGCGAGCGGCCUGGACCUGAACCUGCAGAGCUAUGGAGAGUGCUUCCAGGAAACUGUAAAGAUCGACUGCAGCUCUUUCCAGCUGCAGAAGGGCGGCAGCCUGGCCUGCACCUCCGAGUACACCCCCAUCUGCGGCUCCGACGGCAGGACCUACUCAAACAAGUGCCAGUUCUGCAGCGCUUUCCUACGUGGCAUUGGAGGUCUGUCCUUCAGGCACCACGGGGAAUGUUAAGCACUGGAGCAGGACCCUUCAACGUGACAUUUCCCUCACAAAUUCCUCAAUCGAACACGCUCUUCCUUGCCCACUCAACUGUUAUGCAUCAGUCUCUGCUUUGGUUGAUCAAUAAACUAAAUGUAGCCACAAUCUUUGCCAUGGAA